AUGGAUCUUCUUACCCGAGGCAACGACGCUCUAAACGUCAACCCACCCAUCGGCGUAGCAGAAGCCCUCUCCCAGCACGGCUCAGACUGGCUCUGGGCCGUCACCACAAUCUACAUUAUCGCCUUCUUUGUAACAUUAAUUCCCUGCUUCACAACCCCCGAAAGUGACCGCGUCUUCCACUACCUCCUCACCAUGUCCCUCCUCGUCGGCUCAGUAACCUACUUCGCCCAAGCCUCUGAUCUAGGCUGGAUCGUACUACAGGACGCCACAUACAACACCACUCGACAAAUCUUCUAUGCAAGGUACAUCAACUGGACCGUCUCUUUCCCGUCCCUUGCUCUAGUGUUAGGUCUGUUGUCCGGUAUAUCCUGGACGACUAUCAUCCUCAACAUAUUCUGCGCCUGGUUCUGGGUUCUGACCUACCUUGUCUCUGCCCUCGUGACUACAAACUAUAAAUGGGGGUUUUUCGCAUUCGGCACAUUUGCAUACAUAAUCCUAGCAAUGAGUACGCUCAACGAAAGCCGCGAGGCAGCUGCUCGCCUGGGCAUAGCGCGCGAUUACAUGACCCUGUCGCUGUUUGUGAAUGCGUUGUGGCUCCUGUACCCCAUUGCGUUUGGGUUGAGUGAUGGCGGGAAUGUGAUCCAUGUUACCGGUGGAUUCGUCUUCUUUGGCGUGUUGGAUGUUCUCCUGGGCCCGGUGGUGUGUGGGUUGUUUGUGGUUAUGACGCGAAAGUGGGAUUAUAAGAAGUUGAAUUUGGCGUUUAGUGAAGCGCGGAAUCCGGUAGUUGAAAGCGACAAGGAGCCUACUUUGACUGAGGCGACUGGGAGAAAUGACGCUUGA